CAAGACACGCAUCUCUCCUCUCUCUUCAUUUUUGUCUUGUCCCUCUUUUCCAGAUUGCACCUUCGAUUGAAUUCGCGGGCCUCUUCGUCUUCCUCCAUAAUCUCCACAUCGAACCUGCAUCUCCAUUCGCCACAUCUGGGUUAAUUCUGUCAGAUGAUACGUUUAUAGACAAGGGUUAUUGCUCAACAGACAAAGCAGCAACAACGAGAUUAAGACAAGAAAACCUAACUCGGGAGAUCUGAGACAUCAUGUUCUGUUGCGGAGGUGCAGAGGAGGAACCUGCCGGCCCACCCGCAAACCAGUAUGCCGCCCCUCCCAACAAGGCCGGGAAUCCUCACGUCGCCGGUGGGAACAGAGGGGAGCCGAGGAAUCCGGGCGCGGCUAGACCGGGAGGGCCUCCAAAGGUACUGCCGAUAGAGAUACCGUCGGUUCCUCUCGACGAGCUGAACCGGAUCACGGGUAACUUUGGCAACAAGGCACUGAUCGGCGAAGGCUCCUAUGGCCGUGUAUUCUCCGGCAACUACAAGGGCCGAGACGUCGCCAUAAAGAAGCUUGACACUAGCUCUUCCCAAGAACCCGACUCCGAUUUGUCGGCUCAGUUAUCUGUGGUCUCACGGCUCAAACACGAGCAUUUCGUGGAGCUCCUCGGAUACUGCUUGGAGGCGAAUAACCGGAUUCUGGUCUACGAGUUCGCUACCACGGGAUCCCUACACGACAUAUUACACGGGAGGAAAGGGGUGCAAGGGGCAGAGCCAGGGCCGAUGCUGAGCUGGAACCAGAGGGUGAAAAUAGCGUAUGGAGCGGCGAAAGGGCUCGAGUACCUGCACGAGAAGGUUCAGCCUCCGAUCGUGCACAGAGACGUGAGAUCGAGCAACGUACUGUUGUUCAACGACUUUGUGGCCAAGAUGGCCGAUUUCAACUUGACCAACGCCUCUUCCGACACUGCUGCCCGUCUCCAUUCCACUCGCGUCCUGGGCACUUUCGGCUACCACGCCCCCGAGUAUGCAAUGACGGGACAGAUAACGCAGAAGAGCGACGUGUAUAGUUUUGGGGUGGUGCUUUUGGAGCUCUUGACGGGUCGGAAGCCCGUCGAUCAUACCAUGCCUAAAGGCCAACAAAGUCUUGUCACUUGGGCGACUCCAAGGCUAAGCGAAGACAAAGUGAAGCAAUGCGUAGAUCCAAAGCUUAACAAUGACUACCCUCCAAAGGCAGUGGCCAAGUUGGCGGCGGUGGCGGCGUUGUGCGUUCAGUACGAAGCGGAUUUCAGACCGAACAUGACGAUCGUCGUUAAGGCGCUUCAGCCUCUUCUCAACUCCAAACCUCCUGGUCCCGACUCCUCCUCUUCCUCUCUUCCCUAAUCUCUCUCUCUCUCUCUCUCUCUCUCUCUCUCUCUCUUUCUUGUUCCUUUUUUUUUUAUAAAUUUAUGGAUGAUGAUACGGUUUAAACAUUUGGGUAUAUGGGAUUUAAUUGUUGUAUGUACCAAUCUGUAAAAUGCUCAACAAACUCCCUUGUUGACACGUGUUUAUUUAUAUUAUAUUAUAUGGU